ACUGCAGCGGCCCCGCUGAGCGUCUAGACCAGGGUGCGCGCUUCGCUCCAGACUUCGCGGGAGCGCAGGCGAGCUGCCGCUCCCACCCCCCACGCCCACCAGGUGCGUUGAUCGUCACCCUCCUGCAUCCCACCAGCGGUGGCCCGUCACCCAGGCUGUCAGGGACAAAGGGAAGGGAGGAACAGCUCGGGCCAGCCGGGAGAUCGGACACGUAAGUCCCCUGCGGACCCUCGGAUUGCCCCGGGGGAAGAUCAUUGCGUUCCGCUAGCCGGCAGGUAGCUAGAGCCCGGAGCCCCAAAACCCGAGCCUGAACUCUAACCCCGCGGGUGGCCCUUCCAGAGUAAGAUUGACCAAGCCUGUGUUCUGCAGUCCACCCCUUCCUCGGGCUCCCUCCCGCCCCAAGAUUAGCCUCUCUACUGGGCAGCGCCUUGACCAUGAACCUUCUGCAAGAUUGGUGCAAGGAGCUGGAAGUGGAGGUUCACAGGGCCCUGCUGAUCACCGGCAUCCCUGAGCGCCUGCAGCAGGCGGACAUCGAAGCCACUCUGAGGCCGAACUUGCAACCUCUGGGCAGCUACAGGCUUCGGACUGUGAGAGCAGUGACCAAGGAAAAGGCUCAGGCCGCCUUGGUGGAGUUUGGGGCAGAUAUCGAUCACUCUGCCAUCCCCAUCCACAUCCGGGGAGAUAAUGGUACCUGGAAGAUCCUGAGUAAGGACCGCGGGCAAGACGCGCGGGUCCUUAGGCAGAUGAGGCGCCUGUUGCUCGAUGAACGGCCCAUGGAUGACUUCAGAGAAAUAGCUAUCCCUCUGGUAUUGGAGGCCCAAGCCCAGGCCAAGGGGUUGGGGAAGGAGGCCAAGAAGGCUGCUUCCUCCGAAGGGGCAGCCAGGAACGGCCGUCGGGGCCGUCGGGGAGGCAAGCGCAGAUCUAGAACCCACACGUUUACGGCUCAGAAGGGCAAGAAGAGGGGCCGGGGAGGGCGCCGAGCCAGGAGUGAGUCCGAAGACUCAUCUGAUGACAGCCUGGGCAUCGUCAUAGAGGAGAUCUAUGCAGAGGACCUGAGCGUAGACGAGGACCAGAGGGCCCUGUAUGCCACGCUGCAAGCAGCCGCCAAAGAGCUCACCAAGAAGUGGGCCUUCCGGGGAGACCAGGACGAGGGAGAUGGCCCCCGAGAGUUUUUGGCACUUGUCACUGUCACCGACAAAGCUAAGAAGGAAGCGAUCGAGAAAGACCUUCCUGGGACAGAGUCCAUCUGCCUAAACAUCAAAGACGAAAAGAGUGGAGUCCCGGAUUUAGUUGCGCUCCUGGCUGUAAGAGAUACCCCGGUUGUGGAUGUAGAUAGCGAGGGGGAGGAGGAAGAUGAAGAUGAAGAAGACGAAGAAGAGGAAGAAGAUGAUGACGACGACGAUGAUGAUGAUGAUGAUUCCGACGGCGAGUCCCUGGAAAAUGGAGAGCGAGGAAAAGAAGGGGUAGACAACCCCGAGUUUGUGGCUAUCGUGGCUUAUACCGACCCCGCUGACCCCUCUGCCAGAGAGGAAAUGCUAAAAAUCGCUUCUGUGAUCGAGACCCUAGGCUGGGGCGAUAAGAAAGACAAAAAAGAUGUCCUUCCUCAAGUCCUGUCCGUCAUGUCCAAGGACACCUCUGGGCCCAGAGUGAAGGUAGAGGAAGCAGGCCGCCAGGUGGACGCCAUGGUCCUGAGGAAGGCGGAGGAAGAUGGGAAUCUUCUGGAAUGUAUUUCUACCUUGGCCGAAGCAGAGAACUGCCCCAAGGGAAAGAAGUCUGGUCUUGGUCUCCUCAGAGGCUGGACCGCUGAGGGCCACCAGGGUGGCCUCUUGGAGCUGGUGGCACUCCUGGCUGCGCAGGAUAUGGUGGAAGCUGUGAAGGAGGAAGAAGCCAGCAGGUGGGGCGGUGGUGGCAGGAAGUGUGAUCACAGCCAAAGUGGCUUAUCCGAUGUCCUGGCUUUCCUGGCCUCUCAGGAGAAUCUAGAAUCCAACGAGGAAUCGGACGAGAAUUCAGACACAGAAUCAGAGGGAGAUUCCGACGAAACUGACAGUUCUGAAGAGUCAGAACCUGGUGACAGCGUGUCCAAGAAGCCUCGCGCCAAGAGAGCGCGUACCGGCUCCAAAAGCCUGGCUCCUGCUGGCGCCACCGCGGUCUCCACCGCAUCCAGGGCACGCAAAACCCGCAGGGGUGGCCGAGGACGUGGUCGGGGCGUCACUCCAGAGAAGAAAGCUGGGAGCGGGGCUGCACCCGAAGACCACGCGGGGAACAAGAAGAAGAAGGGGUCUGCAGGCGCUGGGGCCCGUGCCAAGGCUGGCGAAGCCAAGGGACAGCCAGCUGCUGUUCCCAAGUCUACACGCGGGAAGAAAGCUCGUCGGGGACCAAGGCGGGCACCCAAAUGCCGUUAGUGCCACAGAUACCACUACGAGCCCUGUCUCUUGUGUGUGGACCCCUUUCCCCUCCUACUAUUCUCUCUCCUCCCUGCUUCCCCCUCUCGCUUAACCGCGUGCAUUUGCUUUGUGUUCUGCUGCGUCCCUGGCUGGCUAUGACCGGUGCCCAGCCUUCCCUCUUAGUUCCAUGAACAGAUGGUGUGAGCGAUCGUGAUGGCCAGUGGGUGCAGAGGAGAUGCAGUCCUGGAAGACUCUGGAGGGGCUCUGCUCUACAUUCGGAGCCCCAGCGUGAGUGUGUGUGGGUGCCUGGCUCCCCUACCUGCCCAUUCUUCCAGGAACCUGCUUCUGGCCAAACAGCUGGGAUGACUGUGAACCACCUCUGGCCUGACGGGGCCUGGGGGUGAAACAAGAGAGUGUUGGGCAUUAUAGGCAUUAGCUGAGUUUGGAAGGGCUAAGGGCCGUGUGUGUGUGUGUGUGUGUGUGUGUGUGUGUGUGUGUGUGUGUGUUGAAGGGAAGGUACUCCAGAAGUGUAAGUCUGAGGGGGUUGGGAGGAGGAGGAAUAGAAAUGGGAGGAAGGAGAGGAGGGAGAGGAAGGCUGGUGGGGGAUGAGGAAAGGAAGAGAGGGGAGGGAGAGGAGGAGGAGGAGAGGUGGUGGUAUUAGCCUACCCAUCGAGGCUCUGCAGCUCCCCCACCAGCCCUUGUCUAAAGGUUGAACUGGUAACACUCUGCCAAUGUGUUCUGCUUUUGAAAGACUCACAGGAAAUCCAGAUUUCUGGCUUCUCUGGGCAAGCCCUGCCCCUCCCACUGUGGCACCCCCAACUCAAUCGCACCAGCUGUCCCUGGCCACUCCUCAGCUGUUUGCCCUUGUAACUCUUGACAAUUGUCUUAAUAUGACAAUGGAGUCCCUUGUCCAUCCCCCCAACCACCACGUGCAGUAAAUACCCCAGGUCUCCUUAAAGGGUCAAGUGCCCCUAUUGUAGGAAGCAAUUGCUCUCCCCCAUCCUGGUAUCCACCUCCAUAAUCCUGGCUGACCCUGGCCAGGCUGCAGCCCACUGCUAUCCCUGAGAGCAACCACUUCAGCUGUGUUUUCCUGUAGUGCUAUGUGCCAAAGCCUGGCUGCUCAGUUCUGUGUUACGCUGUGUAGAUAAUGCCUUCCCUUGCACAGCACUUUCCACCCUCUUGUUCGUGUGCGUGUGUGUGUGUGUGUCUGUGUAUGUGUGUGUCCAAGUUUCUAUUCCUAGGAAGUGACCAGUUCGUGGUGCCUGGACCUUCGAGGAUGUAAGAGAAGUUCUGACCUGCCCUCACAGCACAAACUGGAUAGUCCAACCCUGUAACAGGGACAUACAGAAACUGCAAGGGCUGUGGGUACCUCUUUGUACUCAGAAGUAGCUGUCUCCUUGCUUCCCAGGACCAGUGAUGAUGAAGGGGCGGAUGGAGAAGCAGGCCAGAGUGGUCUGUGACUGGAGAGGAAGCCUCUCUUCAUGUGGGCUGAUGGACUUGGGGUCUGGUGGAAUUCCUGAGUAAUCUGUGGCUGUCGGGGGCCCCACGUGUCACCUCUUCCUGCAUAGUUAUAGGUACCUGUCCUUGUGCACCGUGUGACCCCGGGAUUCUCCAGUGAAACAAAAUGAAGCACCUUUUGGCUGUUGUC